CCUUCUCUCUCUCACUUUCUCUUCUCUCUGUUCUCCUCGUCUCUGCUACCUCUCUGAGAACUCGACGUUAUCUUGACAAAUCUUCAGCAAUGUCCGAAGCAGGUCUGACCGAUAAGACGGCAGGAGGCCACCAUGGCGCAAAUUACGAAGGCGACAACGGCAAGCCUGCCGGCGCCGACCUUAACCGUCAGGUCAGCGUCACGCUGACGCCCCAGCAGUUUGAGGAGAUGUACUUCCAGCCUGGUGUCAAGAGCCGAGCCCAGCAGGAAAACAUCAAGGCCUUUGGUAAUCCCACACCGCUCGGUAUCGUUUGCUUCUUACUCACAUACACGCCUACCAUGUGUGUCCUCAUGGGCUUUCGAGGAACGACCACCUCGUCUCUUCUUGGUCUUCUAGGAUCCUACUACCUCUUCGGAGGCAUGGGCAUGUGGAUCUCUGGAAUUCUCGAAUGGAUCGUCGGAAACACUUAUCCGUCUCUCGUCUUUAUCUCCUUCGGCUCCUUCUGGCUGUCUCUCGGCAUCACCCUCGACCCCAACUAUCAGGUCCAGCAGACUCUUGGCAUGACAGGCCCGGCCUUCAACUCGGCAUUCGGCCUCUACCUCGUCUUCUGGUCCAUCUACGUCUAUUUCCUCUCCAUUGCCGCCCUCAAGACAAAUGUGACGCUGUUCAUCAUCGUCUUUUUCGUGGCGAUGACGUUUAAUCUCCUUGGCGUUACCUACUUUAAGCUGGCCUCUGGCGACCUGGCGUUGGCGAGCACUCUGGCUACUGCGACGGGAGCAGUUGGCUUCGUCAGUUCAGUAGCGGGCUACUGGAUCUUGCUCCACCUCAUUCUCGCCUCAGUCGAGUUCCCCGUCAAUGUCCCCUUGGGCGACCUCUCCAGGUUCUACAAGAAGAGAGAGGCAGCCUAAAGUACCCUACCAUUUCCAUACUCCUUUCCCACUACUCUAUUCUCCCUACCGCCAUUCUUUUUUCAAUCACCAUUCCACACUCUGUUCUUGAGAUUACUCUCCUCUUUGAAUAUC